GCCUAAGCGCCCGCCGCGCCCUACGUAAUACCGAGCUUCAGCCGCGGAGCUACGCCACAGAAUCGUACUCCAGCAUCCGCGCCCGCCGAGCUCGGUCCCCGCAACCAUUGGCCCGCCGACUCUCUCGCGCCUCGUAUUAUCGUAAUAUAAAUUGACCAACCGCGGGGCAAAUUCGGUUAGUUCGUUAAAGUUGAUUAAAGCCAUUUAACCGGGACGGACACCGCGAAACGAACGGCGCGGGCGACGAUUCGGGCCGCGAUCGAAUGAGCUGAAGUGUUCGCCGGGCCAACUACUCGAUCGGGCUCCGCGGGCCGACGGCCGCGGCAGGCACCGGCGCGACGGAGCCGAGCGAGGCGCGCACGGAGGGCGCCGGCCCGCCCUCGACGGACGGCUACAUGUACGUGUGCGGCGACGGCGCGGGCCCCGGCCCCAGGUACGAGUGCUUCGAGGGCGCCGGCCUGGAGCAGCCCACCUUCGAGGAGCACAUGUUCGCGGAGUUCGGCAAGGAGCGCGCCGUGCAGGUGGUGGUGGGCGACGUGUACCGGGAAGACCUGCCGCCGCCCUGCUUCCCCGACCCCAAGCGCAAGGACGAGCCGCUGCUGCUGGCCGCCGAUGCCGCGCCACCCGCCCCCCAGCCGCCGCCCCAGGCCCAGACCACCUCCAAGAAGAGCGACAAGAAGAAGAACGACAACAAUGGAAUAAAGAAGAAGAAAACGAGGACGACGUUUACGGCGUACCAGCUGGAGGAGCUGGAGCGGGCGUUCGAGCGCGCGCCCUACCCCGACGUGUUCGCACGGGAGGAGCUCGCACUCAAACUCAACCUCUCCGAGUCCAGAGUACAGGUUUGGUUUCAAAACAGAAGAGCAAAGUGGCGCAAGCGGGAGCCGCCGCGGAAAACCGGCUACAUCGGGUCCAGCUCGCCCAGCUCCACCACGCUGGGGGGCGGCUUCCCCGGCAUCGCCAGCAACAUCCCCGCCUUCCCGCAGAACGGGCUCCCCGCACCGGAGAACUCCUGGUCCUACCAGCACUCCUACGAGCUGUCGUCCCACCACCUGCUGUCGUCGGGCGGCGGCGGCUACCCCGCGUUCAACGCGCAGCCCGCCUACUCGUACACCACGGUCCUGAACGGGCACGACGGGCAGAUGUUCGCGCCGCGCCACUACGAGUACAGCGAGGGCAGUCCGCCGCCGCUCGCCCGCGACUACCCCAUGAUGGCGCACUCGCCCCAGAUGGAGGCGCACGCACACGACGACAAAAUCGACUACAGGGUACACGAGCACGAGGACAAGUACGCGUGUGCGCUGGAGGAGCAGCCGCGGUACGCGCCGCCCGACGACUACGACAAGUGCGCGAUGGUCGACAAGUACGAGUUGGAACGACCCGACGCCGUCGUCGUCAAGAUGGAGCCCAGCUCCGGCCAGACCUACGCCUCCUCGCUUCCCCCUUUUUUGAAUUGAAAUACUCCUUUUCGAAAUUAUCGUGAGCUCGAGCAAUUUCGAAAAGGAGUAUGGUAGAGAAUAUUUUUACACGUCGGAAUCAUUUGGAGAUCUCACAUGAUUCGUCGACAGAAUUCUGUAGUAUAUAUACCUAUUGGGUAGAUACAUUUUUGCAACUGAGGAAUUUUGUAUAUUUUUUUGACCAAAUUCUAUAUUAUCGCAUGGUCAGCUUGAUUGUGGGUUCUUUAAAGCGAAGUCUAUAUUCGUAAGGAAAAGUUAAUCUUAAAAUUUUAAACGAAUGUUUUGAUUGUUGUGUGUGCCUUAGCAAAUCGUAAAAUUUAUAUUAUCUAGGUCUAAGUUUUGUACUUUAAGAACUGCCAGCUAGGUUAAAUUUAAUAAAAGAAAUAUACCUUGCCACAAAUCAAUAAAA